UCCAGGACAUCGUCUUCCAGCUGCAGCGCUUCGUGUCUACCAUGUCCAAGUACUACAAUGACUGUUACGCGGUGCUUCGGGAUGCCGACGUCUUUCCCAUUGAGGUGGACCUGGCACACACCACUCUAGCCUAUGGCCCUAACCAGGGUGGCUUCACUGAUGGAGAGGAUGAGGACGAGGAUGAGGAGGAUGGGGCAGCUAGGGAAGUGUCCAAGGAUGCACGUGGGGCCACUGGGCCCAUGGACAAGGGCGGAAGCUGGUGUGACUCCUGAGUGCCCCCUCAAGUGGACCUGGGGGGCAGGGCAGCGGGAGGACCGCGUCGGGAACGGGGCGGGGCCACUGUAGGACAGUGAAGGCGUGUAGUGGCGCAUAAAGGCCUGCUGGCUCGGGGCGCCUGCCUCCCUGCUCCUCUGUCCUCGCACAGUGAACCCAGGCUGCAGCCUGGGACCUGGACUCUGGCCCCCGUCCUUCAUUCCCACCUCCCAGCUGGAGGGAGAGCUGGGCCUUGGACAGAAAAGAGGAGGGGCUGGAGCAGGCAGAGUGCAGGACCUGUCCUGUGAGUACCUCGGUGGUGCCAAGCCUGCAGGGAAUGGGAGCCGGGUGGACAUCCGAGGCUGGGGCCAGUGUACCAGGCCGGCCCCCCCGAGUCCACAUGCACACCUUGGCAGCCUAUAUUUAUUUGUUUCUGGCUUAGCCUCAAGGGCUGGAUGCUGGGCCUGUAUUGAAUAAACAGAAACCCAGACAGAAUGGA